AUGUGCACUUGCAAAGCUUACAUAUAUCGUUCUUGCUACUGGGGGCAUUGCAAGUUCAUCUCUGUAGACACUUGCCUGAGCGCUCGUCUCGGAAUACGAGAAAAAUGCCGAGAGCGCAUUAUAAACGGUAAUCCCGACGUGGUUCGCGAUUUUCCGUUUUGCGAUGGCAUCUGCGACGUAUGCCACCCCCGAGAAGCAAAGUUAGAGCAAGAAGAGCUGAAGAAAAAGGAGAAUGAAGAGGCGAUUGCAAAGAAGAAAGCCGAGAAGGAGGCAGCGGCGAAAGAGAGAGACGAAGAUAAUGAGGAGAUCCAAAAGAGAACUCGAGAUGACGUGUCUUUCGCGAUCACCAAUAACUGUUCGUCCGUCCCGUACUUAGGUUUUUAA